UUCUCAAUGAUGAUCCAGUAUAGUAGUGACUAUCGCGAUCUGAAAAGCGCGCGCGUAGCGCGUCAGGCCCCAAAAAAUGCUGCUACGCACUAUCUUAAUUUUUGGCGCAUUUGUCUGCAUAAGCAGUAACACAUCUGGCGAUGACGAAGUUAAGAAGAUUUUCGUACAAGCCCCGAAUACAAAGUCGAAAUCUAUUAUACAUUACAUAUACUACGGCCUUUAUGAGAAUACAUGUACUAAUGAUCGUUGCAAUGAAGUUGCGGAUUUAUUCUUAAAAAGUGUAAAGAAAUCGUUGAAUCCUUGCCAUGACUUUUACGGUUAUGCUUGCGGCCGUAAACGGAGUAGGAUACGCUCGUUAACUAAAGAAAUACAAGAAAUAUUAGAGCAAGCAUCUACUGAGGAGGAAAUGAAAUCAUUGACAUUGGAUAAGAAAUUUUAUCGCAGCUGCAUGGAACAACCGGAAAGCGACCACAAAACGAAGCAGGAGUUCACUCGUUUGUUGGAGUUGUCAAAUGGCCUAAGUUUAUUUCGUUCAGAGCGAAAAUUCGGAAUUAUGGAUUGGCAAUCGACAGACAGUUUUUAUGCUUCUUUGGGAUUCGAACACGCUUUCUUCAAUGUUUACAUCACGCGCGAUCCUGAAAACUCUGACGUCAAUCUUAUCGCCUUGAUGCCACCUUCACCACUAUUUUUUUAUUCAGUGCAUGGAUUAUUGAAAUAUAAAAAUUUUACGGGCAUAAUUUCAAAUAUACUCGAGCAUAAUAUUAUUGAUGGUAAUGUAAAUCUCACUGAUUACGAAGAUGUUAUUGAAUUUAAUAAUGCCUUACAUGAGAUUAUUCCACCCUUAGGAAUGUUUGAAGAAAAUAUAACAACAUUAAUUAACAAUAAAAUGGCAGUAAAUGAAUGGCAAAAACUUUACGACUCUGCUCUCAAAAAUCCAAACUAUGAAAAUAAAAAUGAUAAAAAUCAUAUUAGUUGGUUCAAAUUAUUAAAUACAUUGCUGAACUCAGCCAACGUUAGUAUUAAUAAAUUUGAUAAUAUUGUUUUAAAUAAAAUUGAAUAUUUUAUGAAAUUGGCACAAGUUUUAAAAAAAACCCCAUCAAUUACAGUAGAAAAAUAUAUUCAUUUUAAAUUUCUCACUCAAAUAAGCAAAUAUUUGAAUCCAAGUUUGGCUCGAUUCUUCGAAAAUAUUCGUGAUAGGUCAACCUUUUGUAUUCAACAAUCUAACAAUCAAUUGAUCGGAGCUACGUACAAGUACAUCAAAAGCCACGUCCCUCAUGAGCAAAAACUUUACGCUGAAAAAAUUAUAAAUAACAUUCGAAAUUCUCUCAUAUAUUUUUUAUCGGAAGCAAAAUGGAUGGAUAACGAAACAAAAUUUUAUGCAACUCAUAAAUUGAAGAAUUUAAAAAUAAUAGUGGGUUAUCCGAAUUGGCAGAUCAAGCAGGCGUUUGUUAAUAAUUAUUAUGGCAAUCUACAUUUGCAUUCAAAUUUCUUUGAGAAUGUUAUCAAGUACAAGAGGAAAAUAUUAAUUCGCGAAUUGCGUGGUUUGAAACAUCCGCGUAUAUUCGAUCCUUCAACAAUGUCUAAAAAGCUUGUACCAUUAAUAUACCAUUUUGAAGUUAAUAGUUAUUUGAAUCAAAUAUUUUUUCCAACAGAAUAUUUAAACGAAGCUAAAUACGAAUUGUUUAGUCCCAAACUGCCCAGUUCAAUCAACUAUGGUAGUUUUGGAUCUAUGAUAGGUUCAAUUUUGUACGAUUACGUAAGUCUCACAGAUAAUUUAAAAUACAAUGAGUUUUAUACUCGAACAAUUGAAGGAUUGACAAAAGAUACAAUAAAUGCUUACAAGGUUAAAGAAAAAUGUUUAUCCAAUCAACUAGUCAAUUAUAAGAAAUCUACAUUGCAGCAUAAUCAGAUGCUCGCAUCGAUUAUCUAUCGAGAUACCAUACAAGUUGACAAGAUUUAUGAGAAGAUAACCGGUUUGAGAGUGGCGUUCGAAGCGUAUAAAAAGGUCAAAGGAGAAAACAAUCAACAUCUAUCGGGUUUCGAAGACAUGAAAAGCGAUCAGCUCUUCUUCCUAUCAUAUGCUGAACGGAUUUGCGAAGUUGGUGAUAUAAAUGAUAUGUAUGAUGCUUAUGAAACAUCAUUAAAAGUAAACGGUGUGGUAUCCAAUCUUCAAAUAUUUUCCGAUGUAUUUAAAUGUCCUCUGGGCAGCGCAAUGAAUAAAGAAAUAAAAUGCGAACUUUUUUCGUGAAUGAAAACACUAAGAAUAAGCCAACGGAAUUAGUUAACCGUUAUUUUUGGUUUUUCAAGUAUUUCACCCUAGUUACUUAAUACUUCAAAUGACUUCUUUAUAAAAAAUAUUAUUAUUAACAAU